AUGUCUCAUAACAGAUCAGCUGGAUGUUUGAUGUCAAGCAAUGUGUGUAACGGGAGCUGUCCCAAAAGAGAAGUGUCUGUGACCUCGACUGGCAUCUCAAUGACAGUGGGCAUCGUUUCCAACACGCUGGCCCUCUUCAUCCUGAUCAAAGCCUACCACAGGUUCCGAUACAAGUCUAAAGCCGCCUUCCUCCUUUUUGCUAGCGGUCUGGUGGUCACCGACUUUUUGGGACACCUGAUCAAUGGCUCUCUGGCUCUCUACGUUUACGUGUCCCAGAAAGAAUGGGAAACAUUUGAAAAUCACAAGUCUCUGUGCGACUUCUUUGGAGUUUGCAUGGCUUUUUUCGGCUUGACUCCUCUGCUGCUGGGGUGUCUGAUGGCAGUGGAGCGAUGCAUCGGAGUGACCCGUCCCCUUUUCCACACCACAGCACUGGGGUCCCAUCAUGUGAAGAGGCUGCUGGGUGUCACCUGGCUCCUGGGUCUGCUGGUGGCCCUCCUGCCUGUCCUAUUCCAGCGUUCGUACCAGGUGCAGCGCUCAAGGAGCUGGUGCUUCUUCCGCCUGCAGGGCCCACGGGACUGGAUGGAUAUGCUUCUGCCCAUAUUAUUCUCUGCUCUGGGUUUGCUGGCUCUCCUCGUCUCACUAUUGUGCAAUACUAUGACUUUUCUCACUCUCCUGCGGAGUAGGGUACAACUUGACCGAAAUAAUCAUCGCCAUAGUCGUAAGGCAUCACACCAUUCGGAGAUGGUCUGUCAGCUUUUGGCAAUCAUGCUGGUCUCCUGUGUGUGCUGGGGACCAAUUUUGAUAACAGCCAUCAUCUUCAGCCUGCAGGAUCGCGGUGAGGAUCAGACAUCAUACACUCAUAUGCUGCUGGUUGUACGUAUGGCGACAUGGAACCAGAUUCUCGAUCCGUGGGUCUACAUCCUUCUACGCAAAGCUGUUUUGAGGAGACUUUUUAAAGUGGCGUUGAGACUUUGCAGUCGUCACUUGAAAUUUACAUUCCAGUGGCAGAGCAGCAAUCUAGGGAGCUCCACCAUGGAGGCCAGUAGUUCGGUGAUCAGCAGACCAGACUUCAUCCCCCUGGAUGGAAAUUUCCUACCAGACACUGCCAUUAAGUCAACUCACCUCCCUCGAGCCUCACUGGGGGAAACAAGAUCACAAUUCACAGAUAUUUAA